GGGAGUUGUGUUGCUUGGUACGUACUUUGUCGUCCGUUGCGGUGGAUGGGUGGAUGGAGAGAUGCUGGAUUAGUGACGAACGAAUGAACGAAUAUUCCGCGCCGUGUUUUGCGUUCCUAUACAGAGAAUGCGUACUAUUGAGCUCAUCCCAUCUCGCUAUAGUCAGUACAAUACUUAAGACAAGCAACCCUCUAAGUGUUCAGAACAGCGCCCAUACACCACCCCUCCCAACACUCCCCAACACCCCCCAACAUGUGCAGAGACACCAUCAUCCACUGGCAAGCCUGCCACCACCGCGACCGCAUCCACGCCCCCUUCUGCCGCGACGUCUACACGGGCCUGCACCAGAUCAACGACCCGCGCAACCUGCUGCAACCAGGCAUCCCUAUGAGGAGGCAGGGGUGGAAUUUCCAGGGUUAUGCGUCGGGGUUGGGGGGGUGGCCUAGGUUUGCGUAG